GCCGGCCCACCCUUACUUUCCAUGCACGUUAAAUCCCCCCUCCCCUUCUCCCUCAGCUCUCUAAUGGGUUCUUCCCUCUCAUCCUGAAUUAUAACUAUAACCCUAACCCUAACCCUAAUCCUGAAGCUCCAAUCUUAGCUACCAAUGGAUCGCUUGCUGAGGCUCGAACCGUCGAACAGAGUGGUGGUCCGGAUCGAACAGGGCCAGCGAUGCUACGGUUCACUUACUCUUCGCAACGUGAUGUAUACCAUGCCAGUUGCAUUCCGGCUCUUGCCACUGAACCGGAGCCGGUUCGCUAUCCGACCUCAAACCGGAAUCAUCGCCCCCCUCGCAACCCUAACGGUGGAGAUCACAUACCUCCCCCCGCCGCCGCCUUCUUCAAUCCUGCCGGAAUCAGCCCCGAACUCCGACGAUACAUUCUUCCUCGACUCCGUCGUCGCUCCCGGCGCUUCGGUGAAGGAUGGAGCCGCAUUCUCCUCACUUGAAUCCGUUCCCGCCGACUGGUUCAUGGCGAAGAAGAAGCAGGUCUUCUCCGAUUCAGCUCUCCGCGUUUUCUUCGUCGGAUCCGCCGUACUUUCUCGUCUUGUUUCAGACGGCGACAUGGAGAAAGUACGCGAGGUUUUCGAAGCCAGCGAUCCUGAAUGGCACUCGGCCGAUUCCACCGAUGCGCAAGGGCAAAGUCUUCUGCAUCUCGCCAUUGCCCGCAGUCGCGCCGAUAUGGUGCAGCUGAUACUCGAAUUCGGAGCAGACGUCGAAGCCCGGAGCAGCGCAGGCCGAUCGCCGCUCGAAUCGGCGGCAGCGAUCGGCGAGGCGUUGAUGCUCCUCGCGCGGGGAGCUUCCACCCGCCGCUCCUCAGGUUCGUCGUGGUCGCCAUUGCAUCACGCGGCGGCGGGAGGGCAUUUGGAGGUACUACGGAUUCUGCUUCUGAAAGGUGCACAGCCGGACGUAGCGGCGCCAGACGGGCGGACGCCGCUGCAUAUCGCGGCGGAGGAACGACGCCGAGAUUGCGUGACGGCGUUACUAGCGGCCGGGGCGCGCGGCGACGCUCCCGCCGGAGCGACGGGGAAUACGGCGCUGCACAUGGCGGCGGCGGUGGGGGAUGAGGCGACGGCGAGGAUUCUAGUGGAGAAGGGAUGCGCGGGGUUAAAGGAGGCGAGGAACGCGGCGGGGAAGACGGCGUAUGAUCUGGCGGCAGAAGAAGGGCAUGCGAGGCUAUUAGGGUUGUUGAGGCUGGGGGAAGGAUUGGCGGCUGCUGCGAGGAAAGGGGAAGGGGGGAUUGCGGUGAGGGCGAUAGAGAUGGGGGCGGCGGUAGAUGGGAGAGAUGGAUGGGGAUGGACGGCAUUGAUGAGGGCGGGGUUUAAGGGGAGGGUGGAGGUAAUGAAGCUUUUGAUUGAGAAAGGGGCGGGGGUGGAUGCGAGGGAUGAAGAAGGGUAUACGGCGCUGCACUGUGCGGUGGAAGCAGGGCAGGCGGAAGCUGUGGAGGUAUUGGUGAAGAGGGGGGCGGAUACGGAGAUGAGGACGGGGAAGGGGAGGACGGCGAUGGAUAUAGCGUCCUCAUUGGGGUAUGCGGGGAUUGUCAGGAUAUUGUUGCAGGGUGGUGCGGCGGUGCUGAAAGCUGUAUUUUUCUACCAUAUUCGAUUACCCGCUGUGGCUGUUAGAAAAAUGUGGUCUGACUUUUUGAACAAUUUCACUGUUGCUUCUUUAAUAGUUGCAGCUGCUCUAAAUAGACCCUUAGCUUUCACAAAAAAGUUUGGUCAAACUUAUCCACUUGUUAAAAGUGCAAGGUGA